AUGUCCCACCGCCUAUAUUUCUCUCUGCGUUUUCGUCUCCCUCCAUCUGUUUCACUAUACUUAUUUGUCUCUCUGUCUUUCUCUCUAAUCAGUUGUCUCCCCUUCCCCUCUUUUUCAUCUACUACUUCGUCUCUUUCUCUCCUUCCUUCUGCGUCUUUGCUCCCCCUCUCUCCCUCUAUCUCUUUGUUACCCGCCUCCUCUUUUUUCCAUCCCUCUCUUUCACACCCUCCUCUUUCCCACUACCUCAUUUUAUCCCUCUACCUCUCUCCCUACCACUCUUUACCUCCACCUCUUUUUCCGUCCAUCUCUUCUUUUUCCUCUCCCACUAACCUUCUACUUCUUUGUCUCCCUACACUACUUUGUCGUCAUCUCUCUCUUUCCCUCCAUCUCUAUGUCUACCUUCCUCUCUCUCUCCCUCUAUUUCCUUGUCUCUCUUUCCUUACAUCUCUUUGUCUCAUUUUAACUCUUUCCCUCCCACUCUUUCCUUCUCCACUCUUUUCCCCUACCUCUUUGUCUCUCUUUCCUUCUAUUCCUUUGUUUCUUACAUUUAUUUCUUCCCCCUCUCUUUCCCUCUAA